AUGACUGAUAUCCUGUUCACAACUAGGUUGGCGCGGUGGCUGUCGCCCUCUCCGUUCGUAGAGCCCGGCAACUGUGAGCUGGUGGCGCCCACGACGCCCGCCUACCCUACCUCGCGCGUCAACCUGCCCGUCGCCUAUCAGCACUUGUCGUUCGAGGAGCUCCGAUUGGCGAGUGGCAGUUGGGGUGACCGCGCGGAGGCAGAUGGGUUCACGACCUCAGGCCGAGUGCCGGCCGAGCGGCUGCCGGUGCGUGCACAACCGGACGGCACAUACCUUGCCACCUGGACACCGCGUGCGCCUGGAUCGUAUCUGUUCCGGUGUACUUUGGAUGAUCACCCAGCGCCCACGGACGUGGCGGUGGCGGUGGAAAUGACCUCGGAUCCGUUGGAGCAGACGGCGCACCGCGGGCCGCAGACGGGGGUCGCGUUGACGGCGCCCGCGUCCAAGGUGCGGCGGUUCUGCGCGCGGCACAGCGCCGGGCUCAGGGUGCGCGCUAGCCCCAGCCUGCAGGCGGAGGAAGUGGGCCGGGUGCCGCUCGCCGCCAACCUGGCAUAUGUGGAGGAGGUGAGUAUAGUGUUGUCGAGGGGCGGCACAGCGCCGGGCUCAGGGUGCGCGCCAGCCCCAGCCUGCAGGCGGAGGAGCGCCGGGCUCAGGGUGCGCGCUAGCCUCAGCCUGCAGGCGGAGGCGGUGGGCCGGAUGCCUCUCGCCGCCAACCUGGCAUAUGUGGAGGAGGUGGUAAAUAAGGACGGCACCUGGGUACGUUUAAGCGAAGAAUCUGUUCGAGCUUACACCGACAAUUACACUGAAGUGGCGUGGUGCUUGCAGCACAAUAGGCACUUUGACCGAGCGUUGCUCGUACCAGUUGAACAAUAUACUUCUCCUUUACAGCCUGAGUAUACGGGAGUCUGGAGCGGUUACGGGGAUGCUCAAGGCGAUAUGCAAUCUUGGACACAGGAGGAUGAUAUAGAUAUUGUAACGUCAGAAAUCGCACGUCUGGAUCUAAGGUCAAGAUAUCCCUCCGGUAGCCAAACCGAUCUCAUCAACGAGAGUGAAGCUGCGUCUUUACCGUACGCGUACGGACUGGAACCCUCCAAACGAAGCAGAAUCAUGCAUAUUCUGAAGAGUGAUAUGUACUUGCCGGACUUGCGUUGUAACUUAGCAUUUUUGCAGACGGAAGUAGAAUCGGAGAAGGGCGCUAGACUCGCGCAGGCCGGCACUCAGACAUCGCCUGAAGACGACUCGACCGCCAUACACUUAGCCCGCCCGCCCUACAAGCGCGCGAGCUCACCGCCGCCUCUACCCGCCCGAGUGGCGCCACCCCCGCCUAGGAAACUGGCCCUCAGCCCGGCCCAAGCAGAGUGCCUGCGCGCCAUCUUCGCCGCUCUGCUCUGGCAUGAAGGCAUCGUCCACGACGCGAUAGCAUGCGCUGCGUUUCUGAAGUUUCAUCCGCAACUGCCAAAACAGGGCGCGCGCGUGGUCACUCGCGCUCCCUCCGACCACUCCGUGCGAUUGCAAAGGCAUUCCGUAGAGGUCUCCAAUGCAGCAGGACAAUAUUUGAGCAUCCACCCGUCGACUUUGGAGACGUUGACGCGGUCUGGGGAAGAAGCGAGUGCUAACAGGGUACGUAAGAGCGAAGUCGACGCGCACGCGCCCAUCAACGAAGAAGAAACCACAGAAGAAUCUUCGCCGUCUGUAGUCAAUGUUCUGCCGCCUGCAUUGCGCGCUCUUGUAGCAUUAUGGGACGCACUGUGCGAAGCAAAGCAACUCAACAUCACCACUGACAAAACGAAGAAAGAAGAAGGUAAAGAUGAAGAAGACCCGCGUCCAAUAAUCAAAGUUCGACAAAAGAAAGUUUGGAGAUCGAUAUCGAAAACACCAUACUCGGUGCAGCAUGUUGGGUAUGAUUGUCCAGUGAACUGCGAGCUGUGCGGGGGGUCGGGGGUGCCGCCCCCUCUAGCGGCGCACAUGCGGCACGUGCACCCCGGGUGUCGCACGCCCACCGCGCGCGGCUACGAUCGCUCCGGCGUGUACCGCCGCGCCGACGUCGCCGCACCCGCCGAUGCUGCGGUCGCCGCCUGCGGGCAGCUGGCGCAAGCUUCCCAAUUAUGGUACACGUUCUGUGAAAAGUGUCGAGACAAGGCACUGAAAGCGGUUUCUUCAGUCAAAGUCAAGACGAAAACCAUAUCGGAUGUUUGCUACGAACGCGCCCCGGCAGUCCCGGAGAUAGAUCACCAUAUAAUCAGGGAAAACGCAGUUUUUUUAUUAGAUUUGGCUCCUUUAACGAAUUCAGAAUCUCUAGGGCGAGUGUCACCAAUUCACGAAGGACAAGCACGUAGUCCGCCGACCCCACCGGGUAGUUUGUGGCAACCCGCGCCGCCAUUCCAGUGUUUACCAGCUUUAGGACUGGCGCCCAAAUCUAAUGGACCACCUGACACUACCAGAUACCAUUCAUUAGGCCUCCGUGACCUACCACCACGAGUUCAACGUUCCAUAUCCAUGGGGCAGACGGGAGCUCGUGAUCUAGCAACCGCGGCUAGAAAAAACAAUGCACCACUUGCUCCUGUUGACUUCCAGCUAGCAGAAGACUCCUUAUCAGGUGAAUUUGAUAAAGAAGCGCUCCGCAAGCUGGUGGGGUGCGGUGAGAGUGCCGGCGCGGUGUCCGCCUUUGAAGCGCCACACGUGUCGGCGGACGCUUUGAUGCGGCGGCCAGUGCUAGCAUUCGUGCUUAGUCGACGCGAUCUGCACGCGUACACACAAAAACUGGACGGCGCUGUGCGCAUCAACACAGUGCGACAGUACGCGUUCGAGGCGUCCGCGAACGACAACAACCGCCUCGCUUCGACGUUCCCAGCGGCGUCGUCGAUAUGUCCCGGUGGCAAUGCGUUGCGAGGGGCUAGGACAGCAUUCCACGCGUUCCUGGGCUCAGUAAGCACACUGGCGCCAUCGCUACCUCCCGCGAGUGCGGCCGGCCUGCAAGCUAUACGAUCUCAAGUGUUUAGCGUCAUCAGCAAAGUUCUGUCGCACCCGGAGGAUGAUGCCUACGACGAAACCUUGCUAGGCGCUUUACACGAAAGUUUCCACAGCUAUAGCAAUAAGGAAAAUUACGUAUGGAGUUGUCCUGACGUGACGAGCUGGUGCGACAUCACGGUAUCAUCGCGGCAAGGGAUGGCCGGUGCAUUGACAGAUGGCAGCACAGAAACCUUCUGGGAGAGCGGCGAUGAGGACAGAAACAAAGCCCGAUGGGUCGAGAUUACCUAUCCGGGCGGCACCACAGAAGAUCGCCCGCACAUCAUAUGUGUACAUCUAGAUAACACACGAGACACUGUUAACAAGACAAUGCUCGCCUCUUUCCUGUACAGCGGUGGUACGGGCGAGCCCACGCACAUGCAGGAUAUAGAGGUUAAGCGAUUGUCUAGCUCGUGCGUGCGUGUGCGGUGCGAGCUGCGCGGCGCCGAGCCGGCGGUGCGGGUGCGGCAGGUGCGCGUGCUGGCGGCGCCGGGCCCCGUGCUGGGCGGCGCUGCGGCCCCGACACGCGUGCUGCACGGCGUCUCCGAAGCGGACGCGCUGCGCGUGUUCCGCCUGCUCACCUCGCAGGUGUUCGGAAAGCUAUUGGAAUGGGAACGGAGCAGCAUUGACUCCGGAGAAGGACCGGUGGCCGUCGACGACGCCGCCACUAACGACACAGACCUGCGGGAACACGUAGUCGGAAUACUGUUCGCGGGACACAAGCUCACUUCUCUGCAGAGACAAGCGGCGCGGGUGCGCGACGACUGGGAGACUGUAUUGUUGUGCGCCGAAGCCGCCGAGAGGCAUGACGAAACGCUGAGACCCACGGUGCACGCGCAUGCUCAAGAUAAUUACUGCUUCGAAAUGCUUUCCCUGCUGUUAGCUCUAAGCGGAAGUGCAGUAGGGUGCGCGCAUCUCGCCCAACGCACUGAGUUAUUGGCAGAUUUACUCGCACUCUUGCACACGGGCAGCGAACGGGUGCAGAGACAAGUUAUAUCCCUGCUACGAAGAAUGAUAUCAGAAAUUAAACCACAGAAGGCUUUAAUAGCAAUUAACUACGGGAACAAUCUUAGCACUAGGGUGACUUUGCUGGACCAUUUAGUGAGCUACCUGGGCAAGGCGAUCACUGUACAGGUGAAGGUGAAAGGUGCCGGUGGGGCAACUCCUUCCACAGUGGUAAUGGGAAGCAGUGUGGUACCAACGCCGCCCGCAGCUUGGUUUAUGCGCGGAGAAACCAUUAAGAAACACGCUCAUUUGGUGGCUAAACUCCUAUCUGAUAUGGCAGAGGACAAAGUGUCAGCUUCCUGGGGCCAGGAGACGCGUAGCGCUCUAGCGUUAUACGUGAGUCAGAUCGCCCAAGUGGCCGAGCACGAUCGCAGACCCGCUCGUUGUAUCGCUGCGCCGGCCAUGUGGAUGACGCUGGCCGCGCUCUGCGUCUGCUCGCAGGACCAUCUCGAGCUCAUCAACGGUAGCGGCGAAGGUCGUGAGUCACGUCGCGAUCUCGAAGCGCGACCGUUCUGCUCGAACCACGAUGACGGAGCGACGGCGGCGGUGAUAGAAUGCCGCACUUGUGGACCUCUUUGCGGCGAAUGCGAUCGGUUUUUGCAUCUCAAACGCGUCGCCAAGACGCACCAACGACAAAUAUGCAAAGAGGAGGAGAGCGCGAUUCGCGUGGACAUCCACGAAGGUUGCGGGCGGGCUAAGUUGUUUUGGCUUCUGCUAUUGGUCGAUCGUCGUACGCUGAAGGCGUUGGCUGAAUUCAGGGGAAUGGAUGCAAUAGAAGAGGCUGCUGUGGGAGAGACGGGCUUCGCUGGUACUUGUCGCUUCUGCUGCGCCAGGGGGAGUACGGGACUGCUGGCUAUAGGAAAUGUGUGCGCGGACCAGCAGUGUCAGGCGUGCAACCGCGUGUUAGGGUGCGGCCACAUGUGCGGCGGCGUGCGCUGCGAGCCGCAGUGUCUGCCGUGCCUGUUUGGGUGCGGGCGCGACGUGCCGCUGCGGCAGGACGCCGACGACAUGUGCAUGAUAUGCUUCACCGACCCGCUGCAGGCCGCGCCCGCCAUACAGGUUCCUGCUCAUAGUACAACGCAGCCAUACAGCACAUUGUGUACCGAGGAGAGCCGCAGUGUCUGCCGGGAGCCGCCGUGUCUGCCGUGCCUGAUCGGGUGCGGGCGCGACGUGCCGCUGCGGCAGGACGCCGACGACAUGUGCAUGAUAUGCUUCACCGACCCGCUGCAGGCUGCGCCCGCCAUACAGGUUCCUGCUCAUAGUACAACGCAGCCAUACAGCACAUUGUGUACCGAGGAGAGCCGCAGUGUUUGCCGUGCCUGUUCGGGUGCUAGACAGGCAUUUCCUAUUCUUAUGGUGCCUCACCACUACUGGAGGCUGGCCUUGUCGUGUGGGCACGUUUUCCACCUGCACUGCUGCAAAAAAGUGCUCGCCAACAAAUGGAUCGGACCGCGAAUCACUUUCUCGUUUUCCCAAUGCCCAAUAUGCAAGGAGGAUAUGAACCACUGGACUCUGGAGGAUCUGUUAGACCCGAUUAGACGGCUUCGUGACGAAGUUCGUCGCAAGGCGUUGAUGAGACUCGAGUACGAAGGCGUAAGCGUCCCAGGAGCGCCCCGGGGCCGCCCCGGCCUCGACCCUGCCACUUACGCCAUGGACAGAUACGCUUACUAUGUGUGCCACAAGUGCGAGCGGGCAUAUUUCGGUGGUUUGGCGAGGUGUGAAGCCGAAACCAGUGGUUGGUGGGAGCCAACGGAGCUAGUCUGCGGCGCAUGCAGCGACGUCGCCGGCGCCCGCACUUGCCCCAAACACGGCGCGGACUUUCUCGAAUACAAAUGCCGCUACUGCUGCUCGGUUGCGGUGUUCUUCUGCUUCGGCACAUCUCAUUUUUGCAACGCGUGCCACGACGACUUCCAGCGUGUUACUAACAUCCCCAAGCACCUAUUGCCGCAGUGUCCCGUGGGUCCUAAAGGCGAGCAGUUGCCGGGCUCCGCCGAAGAGUGCCCGUUGCAUGUUCAACAUCCGCCUACUGGGGAAGAGUUCGCACUGGGAUGUGUGCACUUGUGCACACUUGCGGUGACGCUGAGCUUCAACAGUACGUUACGGGUUCCGCGCGAAGCAGCACGCUACGGCGGGCUGCAGUAUGCGCUGGCACUGACACUCGCGCUGCUGGUAGUCGCUUUGCCGCUGGUGCUGCUGCAAUUAGCAGUUGGCCAGCUUAGCCAGCAGGAUGCUGUCGGAUUAUGGCGUGCUGUUCCAAUAUUCAAAGGAAUGGCUGACAACGGACCAAUCCAAUGGAUGGUGAAGGAGGAAGAUUGGCGCAACUUCCUACAACCACACAUUUGGUUCGGGGCCAUAACUCAAGCCCUGUUGACCUCCGAGGUAGCCGGUGGAUACCUCAUAUCAGCUGGCGAUUCUAUCUAUUCCAACAAUGACGUCCGUUGGACAGCAAUAGCAUUGAUCGGCACGAGUAUCGUGGUUAAUUGGGUGGGUUUGAUAUUCUGGUUCAGUAUUGGUGGCAGUGGCAACAUGGAAACGGGUUCGGCGGCUGUGAUUGAACAAAUCUAUGUGGUGGCCGUCGAGAAAGGGCUGAGCAUAGCGUGGCCGCUUGUAGCGUUUGCUGUGCUGAUUCUAUCAGGAAUUAUAACUAUGAUAAAGCUCGGGCCACAAGGUUCGCUAAAAAGGCUGGGGAAGGAUUUAAAAAAAUGUAGAGGUUGGAAACUUCUGACGGAGGACGUGGAGUUCCUAACUGGGGAUCCUUUGCAGAGGGUUUGGGUGUGGGUAUGGUGCUUGGCGGCGUGCAUAGUGGCGUCGGUUCUGGCGUGGUGGGCCGCAACUGUUGGCACUGGCAGUUGGCAACUGGCGCCGUGGCCCCCUGCUGUCUUAACAGCUACUGGAGUCCUUACUGCACUCAUCCUAGUGAUAUGCGCUGCCAGCGCUGUGGCUAAACAAGUGCAGUACGAUAUUUUAGGGCGCUGUGGCUAAACAAGUGCAGUACGAUAUCAUAGGGGUAAGCAAGAUUUUGUUAAUUUAUUCCUCUUGGCGUGGUUGGCCGCGAUGGUUGGCACUGGCAGUUGGCAACCGGUGCAAUGGUCCCCCGCUGUCUUAACAGCCACUGGAGUGCUUACUGCGCUCAUUCUCGUGAUAUUUGCUGCUAGCUCUGUGGCUAAACAAGUGCAGUACGAUAUUGUAAGCGUAAUUAAGAUUUUAUUACUCCUGGCGUAGUCAGCUGCAGUGGUUGGUACUGGCAGCUGGCAACUGGCGCCAUGGCCCCAUGCUAUCAUAAUAAUCACUGGAGUGCUUACUACGCUCAUUCUUGUGAUAUUCGCAGCCAGCUCUGUGGCUAAACAAGUGCAGAACGAUAUUGUAGGCGUAAUUAAGAUUUUAUUAGUCCUGGCGUGGUCGGCUUCAGUGGUUGGCACUGGCAGCUGGCAAUCGGUGCAAUGGUCCCCUGCUGUCUUAACAGCCACUGGAGUGCUUACUGCGCUCAUUCUCGUGAUAUUUGCUGCUAGCUCUGUGGCUAAACAAGUGCAGUACGAUAUUGUAGGCGUAAUUAAGAUUUUAUUACUCCUGGCGUGGUCAGCUACAGUGGUUGGUACUGGCAGCUGGCAAUCGGUGCAAUGGUCCCCUGCUAUCAUAAUAAUCACUGGAGGGCAUACUACGCUCAUUCUUGUGAUAUUCGCAGCCAGCUCUGUGGCUAAACAAGUGCAAAACGAUAUUGUAGGUGUAAUUAAGAUUUUUUUAGUCCUGGCUGCGGUGGUUGGCACUGGCAACAGGCAACUGGCGCCAUGGUCCGCUGCUGUCUUAACAGCCACUGGAGU